GAAAGUGCUGACACUGCAAGAGCUAUGCUAUACGACAAGUCAGGUGAUGGAUGUUAAUCCAUGGGACUACAAACCAGAUACUGACCACACCAAAAUUGAAGUGGACACGUCUGAUGGGGAUCGAGAUGGCGUUGAGCUUGCAGUAACUCAUGUGAAUACAAGAAGUCCUCGUCACCGAAAAUGUAUCUGGAUUACCGUUCUUGUUGUUGGCACCCUGGUUGUUGUCGCCGGAGUUAUUGGCCUUACUUUUGCUUUUACUAAAGACGAGCACCCCAAGGACUGA